ACACAAAGGAACUUGUUCAGGCUCCUGGAUCUUAUAUAUUCCCGGCUGCCAGCUCCAGCCAUCCAACUUUGGUUGCAGGCCAUCAGUGUGGAAAAAGACUUCUCAGAUGCUUGGUUACUCUACAUGAGGCAACAUUUCCUGACAAGUAGUGGCAUUAAGAGUCUUGUCCAAAGUCCUGAGGUGGCAGAAAGUCUGCAUACACUCUGCAAGCAGCUAAAUCAGUCACCCAUUGGACACAUGAAAGUAGGCUGGUAUAAAAAUCCCUGUGUCCCCAUGGAAGAUGAGCAGACUAUAGACUUUGAUAGCAGAAUACUGAUAGAAGACAAAGAAAGAUACCAUGUAAAUGAUGGCACUAAAGAAUUGUUUAUUGACUCGCUACCACUGAGCUCCCUGACAGAAGCAAAUACAGAGGCCACAGAAGAGAUACCAGUUUUGCCUGCAUCUAUUGAGGCUCGUGCCCCUAAACUCAAGCAGUUCCUUUACUUUAACAUGGAGUCUGAGUCGCUGGACCACGAAUUUCUAACAGAGAUAAAUAAAAUAUUUGAUUUGUGUAGCCCAUUACAGCUGGAAACUCUCUUCUCUAGUGCUGGCAUUGCACAGCUCUCCCUGAAGUGCCUGUUUCAGCUCUGCGUUCACAUUGAUUCGUUAUCCCCGGACAUUAGUUAUGCCCAUGCCAAGUCAUUAGCCAAAAGUCUCUUCUUGGAUAGGGUGCUCUUACUCACUUCACCGGCAUCUCGUACUCUCACCGCAGCACUUUCUACGUUUUGCAACAAGUAUGCCCAUUCUGCCUGCAGCAGUCUUAUUGGCCCCAUAUUGGUUCAAGCAGAACCAGGCACCGUGCAUGCUGAUUUUCUUUGCCGAAUGGUUUCUGAAUGUCUUCAACCACAUCAGCUGCAUCUGUGUUUUAGUCCAAUCCUUGAUAUAUCAUGCACUGAAGUUGCUAUUGCUAUUCUGCACUUGCUGAUUGAUAAAAAGGAUAAAUUCUGUCAGUCAGAAUUUGACCCAUUAUUAAACUAUCUGUGUCAAGCUGCUGAGAAGUUUUCAAAGUCUGUUACCUUUUCCAAAUUGUUGUUGGUCCUCCUGAACAGCAAGCCUAACCUGAUUCAGUUAUCUCAUCUUGGACCUUUAACUAGUGCACUGAACUGUAACCAGACUUUCAUGAAGAAGUCCCUGCAAAAUGCAUUAAAGAAAGUAGCAGAACAAAAAUAAAUUCCUGACUUUAUAUUAUGUAUUACACACACGUCGGA